CACGCAGAGAGGGUGACCUUGUGGAGGCCACAUGGCCUCAGCCACUUCCGUGACCAGCCUGGCAGAUGAGGUCAACUGCCCCAUCUGCCAAGGCACCCUGAGGGAGCCAGUCACCAUCGACUGUGGCCACAACUUCUGCCGGGGCUGCCUCACCCGCUACUGUGAGAUCCCAGGCCCAGGCCCAGACCCUGAGGAGUCCCCCACCUGUCCACUCUGCAAAGAGCCUUUCCGGCCUGGGAGCUUCCGGCCCAACUGGCAGCUGGCCAGCGUGGUGGAGAACAUCACACACCUCCAGCUGGUGUCCACGCUUGGCUCAGAAGAGGAGGACAUCUGCCGGGAGCACGGGGAGAAGAUCUACUUCUUCUGCGAGGACGACGAGACGCAGUUGUGUGUGGUGUGCCGCGAGGCCGGGGAGCACAGGGCCCACACCGUGCGCUUCCUGGAGGACGCAGCGGGUCCCUACAGGGAACAAAUACAGAAGUGUCUCAAGUGCCUAAGAAAAGAAAGAGAGGAGAUCCAAGAAAUCCAGUCAAGAGAAAAUAAAAGGAUACAAGUCCUCCUGACUCAAGUGGCCACCAAGAGACAACAGGUGAUUUCUGAGUUUGCACAUCUGAGCCAGUUCCUGGAGGAACAGCAGAGCAUUCUCUUGGCACGAUUGGAGAGGCUGGAUGGGGACAUCUUGAAGCAACGGGAGGAGUUUGAUCUCCUGGUCGCUGGGGAGAUCUGCCGGUUUAGUGCUUUGAUAGAAGAACUGGAGGAGAAGAACGAGAGGCCAGCAAGUGUGCUCCUGACG